AUGAGCGUAUCUUCCGCUCCUUAUCUAUUACCAAUACCCAACAAAACCACGGUACUCAACUCUCAACAAAAACAUCAAUCAAACAAACGGGACCAUGCCAUUUCACUUCUCCAAAACUCCAAAACCCCUGAAGAACUAAUACAACUACACACCCUUCUCAUAAAAACCUCUCUUAUAAAAGAAAAACAUGCUUUUGGCCGUCUUUUGUUGUCAUUUGCCUCAUUUGACAAUCUGGGCUGUCUUAAUUAUGCUCAAAAACUGUUUGAUACUGUUGAUAUUCCGAAAAAUUCAUUUAUGUAUACCGCCAUGAUAAAAGCCUAUGCAAAUUUUGGUAAUCCGAGAGAGGCAUUUGGCUUUUAUUCAAGAAUGUUAUGUGAUCAGCAUGAUGUGUAUCCUAAUGAUUUUACUUUUACUUAUGUUUUUUCUGCUUGUUCUAAGUUUAAUGCUGUUUUUGAAGGCAAGCAGGCUCAUGCCCAGAUGAUAAAAUUUCCCUUUAAGUUUGGUGUUCAUUCUUGGAAUUCUUUAAUGGAUUUUUAUGGGAAAGUAAGAGAGGAGGGAAUUGUGGUUCGUCGAGUGUUUGAUAGAAUUGAGAGUCCUGAUGUUGUUUCUUGGAAUUGUUUGAUUAACGGGUAUGUGAAGUCAGGGGAUUUGGAUGGGGCGCGGCGGGCUUUUGAUGAAAUGCCUGAAAGAGAUGUUGUGUCUUGGACUAUAAUGCUUGUGGGUUAUGCUGAUGCUGGUUUUUUGAGUGAGGCGUCUUGUUUGUUUAAUGAGAUGCCAAAAAGGAACUUGGUUUCUUGGAGUGCAUUGAUUAAGGGUUAUAUACAAAUUGGUUGUUAUAGUAAGGCUUUGGAGCUUUUCAAGGAGAUGCAAGUUGCUAAAGUUAAAAUGGAUGAGGUCAUCGUGACGACUUUGCUCUCUGCUUGUUCUAGGUUGGGGGCUUUGGAUCAGGGUCGUUGGCUCCACAUGUAUGUAGAUAAACAUGGGAUUAAAGUUGAUGCCCAUUUAUCGACAGCUUUGAUUGAUAUGUACAGUAAAUGUGGGCAAAUUGACAUGGCCCGGAAAGUUUUUCGAGGAACGGAGGAUAAGAAGGUAUUUGUGUGGAGUUCUAUGAUAGGUGGACUGGCAAUGCACUCGUUUGGGGAGGAAGCUAUUGAGCUCUUCACCAAGAUGAUAGAGUGUGGAAUAGAGCCUAGUGAAAUUACAUACAUCAACAUUUUAGCAGCAUGUACUCAUUCAGGUCUUAUUGAUGUUGGGCUGCAGAUCUUUAAUAAAAUGGUGGAGAAUCAGAAAUCUCAACCAAGAAUGGAGCAUUAUGGAUGCGUUGUGGAUUUAUUGGGUCGUGCAGGUCUGUUGUAUGAUGCAUUUCGGGUUGUUGAAACUAUGCCUGUCAAAGCGGAUCCAGCUAUAUGGAGAGCCCUUCUCAGUGCUUGUAAACUACACAGAAAUGUCGAGCUGGGAGAGCAAGUUGGGAGGAUUCUAAUUGAGACGGAGCCACAAAAUGACAUGAACUACGUGCUUGUCUCCAAUGUUUAUGCAGCAGUUAAUAAAUGGGAAAUUUCUGGGAAGUUGAGGAGAGAGAUGAAAGUAAGAGGUAUGCAAAAAACUCCUGGAUGCAGCUCCAUUGAACUCGAUGGUGCAGUCCAUGAGUUUGUUUCUAGAGACCAUUCUCAUUCCGAGAGUCAAGUAAUUUAUGAGUUGUUGCAUAUAUUGGCUAAUCAUAUGGUGCAAGAUGGUCAGGAACCAAUGAUGACUAUCAUGGCUGAGAUCCAUGGCAUCUGGUGA